AUGAGUACCAAACGGCGCGUGGCGACCACAAUAGCUUCCCCCGAACUGAAGUUGCGCAGUCAGAAGCGUCGCAAAUUAUCCGAUGAUGAUGUCGUGGAUCCCGAAGAAUCGAACCGUGAAUCCUCUGAGCCAGUAGACGAGGCCGAAGCAGACGCUAGCUCCAUAUCGCAGAAUGACGAGGAUGAACCCGAGGUGGAUUUUGAGGGUGAUAGCCUUCAAACAGCCCAAGAUAAGAUCCUGUUGGAACUAUUCAGACUCAAGGAUUCCGAUGGCGAAGAGGUAGCUUAUCCGUUUGUCGGCAAACCAGACCGCAACAAGUAUCGGGAUUAUUAUGAAGUCAUUCACCACCCGGUCUCAUUGCGAAGCAUCCAAAAAAAAGUGCGCGGCACCGACGGAAGAAAGAAGGGCACCAAAAUGACUGCCUUUCCUUCGUGGCUCUCUUUUGAAGAGGAGGUCAGCUACCUUUGGCGAAAUGCGCGAGAGUACAACGAGGAUGGUAGCGAGAUUUCCCUUCUUGCGGGUGUGCUGGAAGAUUAUUUUCAACAGCGCGUGGCAGAGGCCAAGAAGCUUGUUCCGGAUCCCAUUCAGGUAGAUGGCCACCCCGAUUUAUCUCGCAUCAAGCUGAAAAUAGCCUCAAAAAUUCCGGAGCUGGGGCCGCAGAGGUUAACCUUGAAGAUGGCUGGACAGGUCUUCGAAACACCAAGAGACGAUAAAGCGUUGUCUGGGGUCACCGUCGAUAGCGAUUCUCUAAAAAGACAACAAGAGCUAGUUCGCACUGGGUCCACAAGCCAAGAAAUUGACGCACACAUGUCACCUCGGACGAGAUCUCUUCGCAGAAAUUUUGGAAGCCCCAAAUCCAGUGCGGCUACCACCCCAUCGGCAUCUGAGCUACCACAGAGUCUGUCGAAUGGCCGAGACAGGGACACAAGUGGUGCCAUCAAAGAUGAAACACCCUUGACAUCAUUUCAACGAACAGAGAUACGUUCUUCCGCCGGUCCACAUGGCAGUUCCUUAGACUCCACAGGUGGAGUGCCCUUCCAAGAUGCCAUGAUACAUCCACCUCCCGAGAUAUCACCUAUGGACUCGCUUUGGAGACGACCAGGUCAAGAUGUUAAUUCAGCACUUAUUCGGAACGUUCAAAUCCUCACGCAUCCCUCGUUAUCUUUAAACGAUGACUUUUGCUUGGACAUCCCUCCAUCACCCAAAGUGUCACAACAAACUAUCACUAUUCCUCUACCACCCUCCCAUCAUUUGUUGACAGUCAAACCCACAUUAACGACUGGCACAGUGCAACGGCAGGUAAAGAUUGUUGCCCUAAUGGGCAUGCAACGCCUUCAUUCGACUGGAGAUGAAUCUGCGCUGGCGUAUGAUAUUCAGUUACAUCCAGGCACCACUAAGGUCGAAUUGGAAGCCAUUGCGGGACCAGCCAGGGGAGCUGCUAAAUCUGGCCCUCCUGGCUCUGAGGUGGAUUAUGAACGGGUCACCAUCUUCUUUAAUUUAUUACGAUAA